ACAAUCAUUUGCAACAAGCCUCACUUUUAUGGCGGGGUCUUUUAUUUUACCGGAUGUUGCGUCAUAACCGGAAGUGGACCCUGCUGAAGUCUUUCGCGCGAGAUCCCAAAACAGUGUCUGGUGUUUCCGGUCUUCAGUCAGAGUCAUGUUCUCAGACGUCACGGUGCCGAAGGAGACGCUGCUCCGUCCUCCGAGCCACGACGAGCCGGUGUUCGAGCGAGAAGAGCCGUCCUACUCCGGCUGCUCGGAGUGUUUCCGUCUCGGAGAGCGCAGCUUCAGCCGUCAGUACGCUCACAUCUACGCCACGCGCCUCAUGCAGAUGCGGGAGAUCCUGAGCGACAGAGCGCAGCAGAAAUGGGGUUCAGAUUUGCCGAUCAGGAAGCUGUGUGACCUGCAGACGGGCGAGAGGUGUGUGAUCGUGGGCACGUUAUUCAAACACAUGGAGCUGCAGCCGUCCAUCCUGAAGGAGAUCAGCGAGGAGCACAACCUGCUCCCGCAGCCUCCUCGUGCCAAAUACAUCAGCCAAUCAGACGAGCUCAUUCUGGAGGACGAGCUGCAGAGGAUCAAACUGGAGGGCAAAAUCGAAACGUCCAAGUUUGUUACCGGAAGUGUGAUCGCUAUCCUGGGUGCAGAGAAAAAUGAUGGUAAAUUUACCGUGGAGGAUUUUUGUUCGGCUGAUCUGCCGCCUCAGACGCCCAGAGAACCUUUAAACGCAGACAGGUUCGUGCUCCUGGCUUCGGGUCUGGGGUUGGGCAGCAGCAAAGCGGAGAGCAUGCUGGGAUUGCAGCUGCUGGUCGACACGGUAACGGGUCACCUCGGCGAUGUAGGGGAGCAGAGCGGGGCGGCGUCCAUCUCUCGCGUCCUGUUGGCUGGAAACCUGCUGAGUCGAAGCACACAGGAUAAAGACUCCAGCACGAAGGCGAAGUAUCUGACUAAGAAGACGCAGGCAGGAAGUGUGGAGGCCAUCAGACUGCUGGAUGAGCUGCUGGUUCAGCUGGUGGCCUCCGUAGCAGUAGACGUGAUGCCGGGAGAGUUUGACCCCACUAACUACACUCUUCCUCAGCAGCCCCUGCACAGCUGCAUGUUCCCUCUGUGCGGCUCGUACCGAACCCUGCAGCUCGUCACGAACCCGUACCAGGCCGUGGUGGACGGCGUACGUUUUCUGGGCACAUCGGGACAGAACGUGAGUGACAUUGUGAAGUACAGCAGCGUGGACGAUCACCUGGAGAUUCUGGAGAACACGCUGCGACUCCGACACCUCGCUCCUACCGCACCUGACACGCUGGGUUGUUACCCGUUCUACCAGAAGGACCCGUUCAUCCUUAGUGAGUGUCCUCAUGUGUACUUCAGUGGAAACGCUCCGAGCUACCAGUCCAAACGCAUCACAGGUGCUGAAGGUCAGGAGGUUCUGCUGGUGACAAUCCCAGAAUUCAGCAGCACGCAGACGGCCUGCCUCGUGAACCUACGCACGCUCGAGUGCGAGCCAAUCAGAUUCUCCGCCUUUUCCAGCGAGGAUGAUGAUGAGAGCGAGAUGAACGUCAGCCACUAAACUUAGACAGUGCACAAAAUGUAGGGGUUUUUUUGUUUUUUUUUUCUCUAGAGAAACCUCAGUGAUUGGCAAGAAAAAUUCAGUAUUGAAAUAAAAACACGUAGCAAUGGACGAGGUCAUGGUACCUGAGCAGCAAUAUGUUAAUAAUUACUCAAGUAAUUAAGACCGUAAAUAGGCCUCUAGGUUUACUGGCAAGUAAAGUACGUCAGAAAAUAGGGUUGGUAAACAUCAUAUCCAUCUUUCUGUAAUGAGAAUCAUCUGUGUUGGUAAACAAGAUCAAACUCUGAAAAACCAUAAACAAGCCUUUAUUGGAUGAAACAACAAGUCCAUUCGACCUCGAGGUCUCUCUGAGAGAAACAUCUCCUGUAGACAUUGAGCAGUGCUGACAGAGUUGCUUACUUGUGUGAAAGAAGUGUAAAUAAAAUCACUUUUUUUGUAUAAAUGUUCAGUUUUGGCUCUGUGGGAACCAUGUGGGUUGAUGAAGGACACGGGAUGGGGAAGUUUCUGAAGUUAGAGCCCAGUGUAAUUGUAAGAAGAAGAAAAAAAAAAAAGAUGUGGCAGGCUGCAGAGGAGUUGUUAAUAAAAUAUGAUCGCCACA